CCUCACGAUUUCCUUGUAACAGGUCUUCCAAUAAAGGGCCUUUCAAGAUGUCAACGCAAUAUUCGGGGUAUGGUAGCUCUCUGCCCGAUGAGUUCGAUAUCAUCGUGGCAGGGGGCGGAAGUUGCGGAUGUGUAGUCGCAGGCCGGCUGGCAAAUUUAGACCAUAAUCUCAAAGUUUUGUUGAUUGAGGCUGGCGAGAGCAACCUCAACAAUCCUUGGGUUUUCCGACCCGGUAUCUACCCACGGAAUAUGAAACUGGACUCCAAGACGGCUUCCUUUUAUGAGUCUCGUCCGUCCAAAUGGUUGGCUGGUCGAAAGGCUGUUGUACCCUGCGCCCACGUCCUUGGUGGUGGUUCGUCAAUCAACUUCAUGAUGUAUACACGUGCUUCCGCUUCCGAUUAUGAUGAUUUCCAAGCCAAGGGCUGGACAACUCAGGAAUUACUGCCGCUCAUGAGGAAGCACGAGACGUAUCAAAGAGCCAGUCAGAAUCGAGACAUACACGGCUUCGAAGGUCCCAUCAAGGUGUCUUUCGGUAACUAUACAUAUCCGAUUAAAGACGACUUCCUCCGGGCUGCAGAAUCACAGGGGAUCCCUGUUGUUGAUGAUCUCCAAGAUUUAGUUACAGGUCAUGGGGCUGAGCACUGGCUGAAGUGGAUUAAUCGGGAUACAGGACGGCGAAGCGACAGUGCACAUGCUUACAUCCACGCAACUCGAGCAGCACACUCCAACUUAUAUCUAGCGUGCAACACAAAGGUUGACAAAGUUAUAAUUGAGAAUGGUAGGGCGGUCGGCGUGCAAACAGUCCCAACUAAGCCCCUAGGACCAGGCCAACCUCCAACCCGCGUAUUCCGCGCGCGCAAGCAAAUCGUUGUAUCAGGCGGAACACUCUCCUCUCCACUGAUUCUUCAGAGAUCGGGCAUUGGCGACCCCGUAAAAUUGAGGAAGGCGGGUGUCAACUGUUUAGUUAAUCUUCCCGGGGUUGGACUAAACUUUCAAGACCAUUACUUGACCUUCUCAGUGUUCAGAGCCAAGCCUGAUGUCGAAACUUUUGAUGAUUUUGUUCGAGGUGAUCCUGAAGUACAAAAACGUGUUUUCGAUGAGUGGCAUUUAAAGGGCACUGGCCCUCUUGCAACCAAUGGUAUCGACGCAGGGGUCAAAAUUCGCCCUACAGAACAUGAAUUAAAACAGUUCGAGAGUUGGCCAACCCCCCAUUUUAAAGAUGGCUGGAAGAGUUACUUUAAAGACAAACCAGAUAAGCCGGUGAUGCACUACAGUGUCAUAUCGGGCUGGUUUGGCGACCACAUGUUAAUGCCUCCUGGAAAAUUUUUCACGAUGUUUCACUUCUUGGAAUAUCCUUUCUCAAGAGGUAGCACGCAUAUCAAGAGCGCUGAUCCGUACGAAAGUCCCGACUUCGAUUGUGGCUUCAUGAACGACGAGCGAGACAUGGUACCAAUGGUUUGGGGCUACAUUAAAUCCAGGGAAACGGCGCGGAGAAUGGACGCAUAUGCAGGUGAAGUGGAGACUAUGCACCCCUUCUUUGACUAUGACUCUCCAGCAAGAGCCCAUGACAUGGAUCUAGCUACAACUAAGGCCUAUGCACUUCCGAGUAAUCUAUCCGCGGGAAUCACCCAUGGUAGCUGGUCUUCAUAUCUCCCUGAAGCUGACACCAAAGCUGCUGGCAAUAUCUUGUCUUCAAACAAGGUCAAUACGCGCCAAGAGCUCAAGUAUACCACAAAUGACAUCAAAGCCAUCGAAGAAUGGGUGAAACGUCAUGUGGAGAGUACUUGGCACAGCUUGGGAACGUGUUCUAUGGCUCCCAAGGAUGGCAAUAGUAUCGUAAAGCACGGAGUCCUAGAUGAGCGCCUAAAUGUUCAUGGUGUUAAGGGACUUAAGGUUGCCGAUCUAAGUAUCUGCCCCGACAAUGUGGGCUGCAAUACAUACUCGACUGCUCUCCUGAUUGGAGAAAAAGCCGCCAUGCUAGUAGCUGAAGAUCUCGGUUAUUCUGGUGAGGCAUUGGAGAUGAAGGUUCCUACGUAUAAUGCACCCGGCGAGCUGGCAUUGCAGUACCGUCUGUAAACAAGAUUGCGCACACCCUAUUUUCCUAAUGUACGAUUUUGAUUGCAGACUGUUGUUAUACGUUAUUAAACACUUGAUUGUGAUUUCAUUAUGCAACUACCCUGUAUCACUCCUUUCGUUGAAUAUGGCUAGUUUGUGAUUGUGUAUUUAAGCUCCAGGGCACAGAUUGUCAAUAUACAAUAUUUUCAGGUA